AUGUCCGACCCGGAAAAACCUCCCUUCCCGAUUGAGGCCGAAAAGGCUGAUCUGGAAAGGGUCAACACGUAUUCUGGGGAUGAGAAGGCAGACAAUUCAGGCAUCGACAUUGAGCGUGCCCGGCUGCUGGCGAGCUUGCCAGACCCCGACGCAGGCAAGAGCGAGGAGGAGCGCCGCGAAAUUGACAGGAAACUCAUGUGGAAAGUUGACCUGUGGCUUAUUCCCUGGCUCUCCUUCCUUUAUCUUCUGUCCUUCCUCGAUCGUACCAACAUCGGCAAUGCCCGUCUGGCCGGCCUCGAAAAGGACCUCGGCAUGGUUGAUGGAGACUAUAAUAACUCCCUGACAAUCUUCUUCAUCAGCUACGCCGUUAUCGAGCCUGUCACAAACUCCCUGCUCAAGAAAGUCACCCCGCGAAUCUUCUUCACCGUCGUCAUCAUCGUCUGGGGUACUAUCAUGACUCUCAUGGGCAUCGUACAGAAUAAUGCUGGACUCCUUGCUGCCCGUUUUUUCCUUGGCGUUGCUGAGGCCGGCCUGUUCCCUGGUGUGAACUAUUACCUCUCCUGCUGGUACAAGAGUUCCGAGAUUGGCGUGCGCUCCUCCAUCUUUUUUUCAGCCGCUGCUCUGGCCGGUUCCUUUGGCGGCCUGCUUGCGGCUGCUAUUGCCAAUAUGGAUGGAAUUGGUGGUAAACCUGGCUGGGCCUGGAUUUUUAUCCUCGAGGGCCUGGUUACUGUCAUUGCUGGUAUGUUCUGCUGGUGGCUUGUCUUUGACUGGCCUGAGACUGCUAGGUUCCUUACACUUGAGGAUCGCGUGCGUGUUCAGCGACGUAUUAUCAUGGACCGGCAGGGCCACAACGCCGAUGACUUCGAUAAGAGACAUAUCUAUGUGGCGCUGAGGGACUGGAAGACCUACGGAUACAUGGUUAUCUACAUGGGCUGCCUUGGCCCCCUCUAUGCUUUCUCCCUCUUCCUCCCUACCAUUCUGCGCGGCAUGGGCCACCAGGGUACAAAAGCUCAACUUCUUUCUGUCCCUCCAUAUGCUGUCGCUGCCGCCCUAACAAUCGCAGUUGGUUUUUAUGCCGACCGAUCACGCCACCGCCGCGGAUACUGCAAUAUAGCCACUGUCAUGCUAGGUAUCGUCGGCUUCAUCAUGCUCAUCUCUACUUCUAACCCGACUGUCCAGUAUGUAGCUGUUUUCCUAGGAGCUGCAGGGAUUUACCCCACCAUCCCCAACACCUUGUCGUGGGUCAACAAUAACACCGAGGGCUCCCUGAAGCGUGCGUUCGUGCUGGGCAUGGUGGUGGGUUGGGGCAACCUGAAUGGUGUGACGUCGUCCAAUAUAUACUUGACCCGCGAAAACCCCCGGUUCUGGACCGGCCAUGGAGUUAUCCUUGGCUAUCAGGUUUUCUUCCUGCUUACCGGUUCGGUUGGCAUGCAUUUUGCCCUUCGGAAGAUGAACUGCGAUCGCGAGGCUGGCAAGAUGGACGAGGCCUGGGGCAAGCUGACGGAUGAGCAGAAGUGGAUUCAGGGCGAUCUCCGUCCUGACUUCAGGUACACUCUGUAA